CCUCUUCCCGUGGGCGGGGUUACCGGUCGGCGCGGCCGCCGUCGCGCCACUGCGCAGUCUCGAGAGGGCGGUACCACGGCGGCUGCGACAUGGGGGGGCGCGGAGCAGACGCCGGAAGUAGCGGUGGUACGGGUCCCACCGAGGGGUACUCACCGCCGGCAGCGUCCACCCGCGCCGCGGCGAGAGCCAAGGCCCGAGGGGGUGGGCGUGGCGGCCGCCCGAACACAACACCCUCUGUUCCCUCAGCUCGCGGAGCGGCGCCGCGUCGCUCCCCUCCACCGGCUGCCAUGAGCGAGCGCCUCCGCCCCAGGAAAAGGAGAAGGAAUGGCAAUGAAGAAGACCACCAUCUUCCCCCCCAGACCAAAAGGAGUAGUAGAAACCCUGUCUUUCAUGAGUCCUGGGACACAGAGACAGUACCUGUAACGAAAAACAGUAAAGAAAACAGACUAAGAGGAAACAAAGUGUUCUGCGCGUCUUCGAGCAGCGAUAGCGGCGGCAGCAGCAGCAGCAGCAGCAUCAACAGCCCGGACAGGGCAAGCGGGCCGGAGAGCAGCUUGAACCACGUGGGCGCCGGGUCCGGCCCUAACACCCCUCAGCCUGUUCCUGAGCAGUCUGCACUGUGCCAAGGCCCUUACUUCCGCAUCAACCAGACCCUGAAGGAGGCCCACUUCCACAGCCUACAGCACCGGGGACGGCCGCCGACAUGAUGUGCCGGCGGUUUCUUGCCUUCUGUGAAGGGACAGCGCUGUGCAGAUUUGAUAUUUCAACUUACGAUGUUUUAAAAAAUUGCACAAAAAUAUGCCUGUUGGCUUUUCAGUCUAUAUUUGAAAGAGCAGGUUAACAGGCAGUUGUUUACUUGUGGUUUUGCUGCACUAUUGCAAUUUCAAAGGGGCUUCGAAGCAAUUUUUUAUAGGAUUCUUUUGAGGGUGGGUAUCACAUCCAUGUCGAGGUAACGGUAUGAGGAAAUCUCAUCUGCGUGUUGAAUCCAUAGUUUGUCCAGUUCAGAUUGGUUUCCAAAUCUGUCAAUUAGAAAUUCUACUUCAUGGAAAAAGGCCUUUUAACAAUGCGGGAUCUUCAAUUUUUUAAAUUCAAUAAAUCAGCAAAGAGUAUCUAGUUUCCAUGAAAAAAACCUAAGUUUUUUUUUCCAAAAUUUAGAAAGCUUGAUUCAGUCUUGCACUGAAAUUAACUGCCAUACUACCUCUUAGUAUGUAGACAUCCUGUUGAAAGUACGCUGUCCUUUCUAACAGGAGAACAAUCAGAUCCAAGUUAGACCGCGGAAGGGAAGCACCCUUGCUAAUAACCAUCUUCUCUCUUUGUUAUAUAUUUGUAUUUCCAGAGAGAAUCUCUUUCAGACUUGUAUACCCAGAUAACUUCUGCUACCGUUACUCCUCCAAAGCCUACAUCUCAGACUUAGUAGAAAACACUGCACAGAUCUGACAGUCGAGAAGUACAUAACGAAUGACCUUUGUCUUACUCACAGACUUGUUCUGCCAGCAGCUUCUGUGAUCUCACUGGGAGUCCGCCUUGGGGGUCAAGAAUUCAGGCGCUGCUGAACGCUGACCAAGCGUAGGCUCUCUGAACUGCUGUCUGAAGUCACAAGUAUCGUGAAACUGUCGGACAAGGAUUCACUUUAUGCUUAAAGCAAAACCCCCAACAGUAAUUCGGGGGCCACAUUCCACCGCUGAAACUGGAAAGACUGGUGUGGCUUAGAAAUAAAUGAGCAGAGGCACCGUUAGAAGAAGUGAUGUAGUAUUUAUUUAGAGAGGGAUGGCUAUGUUCCCAUGUUAUUUAGUCAUACUAGAGAGCCAACCUAGCUUGAAUAACGAAGGCGUAGACGCGUCUUCUUCCUCACUGACCAGCUGUCUGAACAAGGAGCCAGGGUGCGUCGGGUCACCUGCUCGGGAGAGUGCCGGGGGGCCAACCUGCCACGCAUGUAGAGGAAAGUGCCUUAGAGUCUACCCAGACCCUCCUGCCUGUUCACCCCCCGCCACUGCACUCGGAGUCCACACAGCACACACGAGCAGAUCUGAGAAGCACGGAGAGCUCUAGGAAGGGGCCUUUGCUCUUUGUCAAGAUUGGCAAAGGCUGUCGGGGACAAAAAUGCGAUUCUAUUAUGUGACACAACUAACGCUUCCAGGUGAGAACUUCCUGGGAAAAGGGUAAACACAUGUACCUCCUUUCCCUGGUCGGUUCCUCUCCUACGGACAGGACUUACGGUCAGUUACUUGAAGAGACAUUCCGAGUUCGGGGGGAAGUUCUGGCACAGGCCCAUGCUCGUGGAGGGGAUGGUCUGUGCAGGAACUCGUUCUCUUCACUACCAUCUCCCACAUUUAAAACCAGAUGUUUGAUGAGAAUCUGGGUCUUAAUGGGUUUGAUGGCGGGGAAGAUGGAAAGGAUACGUUGCUAAUAUUUUGUCUCACAAGAAAGCAAACACAACUAAAUGCUGAAAGAAGACAAGCUGUUUGGGCUCAAACGCGUGUACACAACACAACUCAGAAAUACCCAGGAGGACUCUUUCGGGCUUAAUGGAUGGCAGUCAACUGAAACAAAACGUGCAUUAACAAGAAAAUGUCAAACUCAGAGCAAAUUCCAUUUAAUUUCCCACCCAACUGAAAGAAAUGGAAGAGGAAACCACCACCAGAACAGAAUGGUUUUUUCCCCCAAACAAGUACAGUCAUCACGCUGGGUUAGCAGUUAACUCUCUCACCCUACGAGAAAUAAUCUCCAUCCUGUCCUGCCUCUUUUUUACAGCCUUGGCAGUCUGAGAGAACGUUCCUAUUAUGAGGCUACUUGACAGUGUAAAUGGGCAUCUUUUAAAACUUCUAUCAGCUCGAGCUAGUGAAACCUUGUACUUCUCUAUUGCGCCGCCAUUAAAAGCAGCAUUAGUGCA